AUGUCUACAGAAGCAGCGACAAGCAAGGAUAAGUACAUCUUUACUGGAGACGAUCGUGAACAGUACACGAAAGGCGCCCUUGAGAUAUCUGAUGUGAAUCUGGAAAACCCCUUCAAGACGUUCCACCAGUGGUUCGACGAAGCCAAAGCGCAGAAGAUCACUGCCGAUGCUGUGUGUCUAUCUACCGCAGAGAUACCCUCGGGUCGCGUCUCCUCGCGCAUGGUAUUGCUGAAGGAGCUCGAUGACACUGGCUUCGUCAUCUACUCCAACUUUGGCACCUCACGCAAGUCAAGAGACCUCGAAUCGAAUAACCAUGCAUCACUCUGCUUCUGGUACGAAAAGAUGGAACGCUCCGUAAGAGUUGAGGGCACUACUGAACGCUUGACCCCAGCAGUAAGUCAAGUGUACUUUGACACACGGCCCGUAGGCUCUCGCAUCGGUGCUUGGGCGAGCCCCCAAUCUAAGCAUCUGGAAGACAGGUCAGAGUUAGAAGACCUCGUCAAGUCAAUCCGCACCAAAUUUAGCGCUGAUGGGAAGGAAGAUAGCGACAAGAGUGUCAAAAUACCCGUUCCUGAGUACUGGGGAGGUCUGCGGAUCAUACCAGAGCGGAUCGAGUUUUGGCAAGGACGGGCAAACAGGCAGCACGACCGAGUCUCGCUGGCGAAGAAGGGCUCACGUUGGGAGGCUGAGCGGCUCGCGCCAUAG